CCCGGGACUGUGUGCGUGUGCGAGCGACCGUGCCGCGCAGCCCGGGCAGCCCGCGUCCCCCGCCCCGCGGCCGGCCCGCUGCCGCCGCCCCCCGCCCGGCCAUGGAGCACCGCAGCCGGCCCGCUGCCGCCGCCACCUCCGCCGCCUGAGCGCCGCCGGCGGCCCGCGAAGCGGAGGGCAGGCAGCGGGCGGGGGCUGCCGAGCCCCGCCGCCGGAGCCACGGGACCGCCGCGCUGCGAGCGGCGGCAUCAGCCCGCGGAGGGCUCUCCCUCGCUUUUCUUUAUUUGUUCUUCCUCCCCCCAGUCUUCCUUUUUGUUUUUUUUUUUCCCAAAUUACAUUUUCCCCCUCCCUUUCUCACUCGCCCAGCUCUGCGGACGUGCUCGCUCCCGGAGGGAGGCACCCGCGCUGCCGCGCCGCCCGCAGCCGGCCGGAGCGCCCCGCGCCCGCGGAGAGGGGCUCCGCGCCCCGCCGAGCCCCAGGGCCCCAUCGGAUGUGCGGAGCGUACCUCCGGCCGCCCGUCCUCCCGCCGGCUCGCCUGCUGGGCGCGCCACCUCUUUGUCCUCCUGCACCUACAUUUUUUAAACCUUUUUUUUUAAAGCAGACCUGAAAAUCACUGAAGGCGGGAAGGGUGGGGGGGCCCAGGGACGCUACCAGACCGACCCCUGCCCAUUUCUUCUAAGGAACUCUCAUGGCUUCACAGCUGCAGACAAGUUGCUGUGCAUCUUGGUGGACUAUCGGAGUUUGCAUCCUGGCGGCCGCGCUCCUACCAGGGCUGCAAGCUCAGACUGUCUUAGUCAAUGACACAGUGUCGGGGUUUAUCGGGACAGAUGUGGUCCUGCACUGCAGCUUCACCAACCCGCUCCCUAAUGUCAAGAUCACGCAGGUCACGUGGCAAAAAGCCACCAACGGCUCCAAGCAGAAUGUGGCCAUCUACAACCCCGCCAUGGGGGUCUCCAUCCUCUCUCCAUACAAAGAGCGGGUGACUUUUCGGAAUCCUUCCUUCAAAGACGGCACCAUUCAGCUCUCUCGGCUGGAGCUGGAGGAUGAGGGAGUUUACAUCUGUGAGUUUGCUACCUUCCCAACUGGCAACCGGGAAAGUCAACUGAACCUCACUGUGCUGGCCAAGCCUACGAAUCGGAUGGAGGGCACCAAGCGGCCACUUAUAGCUAAGUCUGGCAGGACAGAAAAGAUCUUGGUAGCUACCUGCACCUCCUCUAAUGGGAAGCCCCCCAGCACUGUCACCUGGGACACCAAGCUCAAAGGGGAGGCGGAGUUUCAGGAGAUCCGGAACAGCAACGGCACGAUCACGGUGAUCAGCCGGUACCGGCUGGUGCCGAGCCGGGAAGCCCACCGGCAGCAGCUCAUGUGCGUGGUGAAUUACCAGCUGGACCGCUUCACCGACAGCAUCACCCUCAACGUGCAGUAUGAGCCAGAAGUCACUAUUGAGGGCUUUGAUGGCAACUGGUUUCUCAACCGGAAGGAUGUGAAGCUGAUAUGCAAAUCUGAUGCCAACCCCCCAGCUCACACCUAUGAAUGGAAGCUGCCAAACGGGACUCUGCCCGGGAGCGUGGAAAUCCAGAACAACACCAUCUACUUUAAAGGGCCUGUCUCCUACAGCGUGGCGGGCACGUAUAUCUGUGAGGCCUCCAACGCCAUCGGUACCCGGUCGGGCUUGGUGGAAGUCAAUGUCACAGAUAAGCCGCUACCUCAGGGUGCCCCGGGAGGCGUUAUUGGGAUCGUGGGAGGAGUCAUUGCAGCGGUUCUCAUCAUCAGCGUGGCUGUCACCGUAAUUAUUGUCUACAGGCGGCAACAGAAGAACCACACCGAAACGGACAAUGACCUGAUUGACUUGCCCCCAUCCCACAAACCUGCCCCUCCACCGAAGAGGAAGCAGGAGACAAAAAGCCACCUGACUGCAGAAGACAUCCAGGUUGUUCACUUAGACAACAUGAAACAUGAGGAAGAAAUCCAGAAACUCCCUUUGCAGACUCCAUACUAUGACAUGGCAGCCACUGAGCCGUCUCCCUACACCGACAAACUGAAUGAGGAUCAAGGUCUUCGUAGACGUAACGAGCGAGAGUGGACAAACUUUGGAAAGUGUCACUCAGAGAUAUCGAAUGCGAGUGAUUACCUGAGCCGCUGUUACUCACAUGAAGAUCGAUAUAUGGAGAAGAUCCCUCAUGUCUAUACCCCCGUGUCAGAUCUCCCGCAAGAUCUUUAUCCUCACCAUUCUGACAUCUCCUUCUGCUGCCCACCUCCCGGUUCUCGGGCUCCUUACAUCUGUCCUAAGGAACAGUAUGUUUAAAGCAUCAACACAACAAAACGAAGCAGCUCAUGUUUUUCACUUCUCCUAACUCUGUUGCUCAACAGCCAAGGCCUUUUAGAUCCUCCCUUUGCCAGCGCUUAUUUUAUUUAUUGACUUUUAAAUUAUGGUGCAAUUGUAAUCGACAUGAUUAGCUUAAGUAUCUGCCUGGCUUGCUAAUGCUCAAGGGAACACUUUGCCUUUGCCCACAUCACAUUCAGUACUUGCAAGGGUAACUUUGAAGGGUAACGUUCUUUUCUCAUGCUGGCCAUGCUGUAUCAAGCUGACUAUGUGUGUGCAUGUGUGUGCGAGUGGCAGCUGCCCGGUGUUGGAUAGGAUGUGCCCAACCCCAUUAAAUGUUUGUAGGUUUCCUUCUGUCAAUCUCUACACUGUUUGCACCAAAGUAGCUGGGUGUGGAUUCUUCACAGCUCUUGUUCCAGCUUGUGUGAACCUUUACAACACAGCCAAUGCUCAAAUCUGAAACCGUCGCAUAUUUUUUCCUCCUUUGGAGAAAUUUGUUUCCCCCUUGGCAGUGGGGAUGGGAAAUCCCAGUUGUGAAGAGCUAAACAGCCAAGACUGUUGAAACAAAUAAUAAGAUGCUUAUAAUAAAAGAUGCUCAAAACCAGCCCAAGAAUAGAGGCAAAGGGCUUGGUUUAGGGGGGUUGUUUUGGUUCUUUUUCCCUGCUGCUCCCACACCCGGUCUCUUAGAUCGACUCUUUUAAAUCCAGACAGCAUGGGGACGUAUUUUGAAGCCAACACAUCUGGAGGAAGCAUCCUUUAAAUAACCACCUUACAACCUGAAACUCAAAGGGGAAAAAAAUAGAAUGGAAAACAUUCUCUCUAAUUUUCCUUUUCAAAGCCUAAUGUGACCCCCCACGAGUUUCCCCCCUCUCUUCCUUGCAUCUGUUGAUUGGAAUUUUCAAAUUAACUCAGGCGGAAUAUAAAGAAUAGAUCGUGAUUUCAGGUAAUCUUUUUGCUCUUAAUGAAGGAUAAAAGCCAACAGAGGAAUCUGGUCUUUUAACUUUUUAAAAAGCAUCUUAGUUUUUGGACCACAAAUUUUUUGAUAUUGGAAUGUGUGUGGGUGUGUGAAUCCAAACAUGUACAUUCCUGUGACCACAAAGUGUUAUAGAGACGGGAAUUUAUCUCCACAUCACAUUUGUGUUCACUUGUAUUAGAGGAAAAAUAAAUAUAGAUUUAUACUUCAAUGUAUAUAAAAGCAAAGAAGAGAAGAAAAAGGAAUCCUGUGUAAGAGCCUGGUUUCAAGGAUGACUUUAAUGUGUUUCACCCAGGUAUGGCAUACGAGAGAUGAUGACUGGGACAGUUGUGAACAAGGGGAUAUGCCUUCUUGGGCAUUUGUUUUCCUUUGUCUCGGGUUGCAUAUUUGGCAUUCUGCAGACAUUGCACACUUGACAUUACUCUGGAAACCAUGAGGAUGUUUGAGCAAAGUGCAUGUGGGAGAGAGAGAUGGGGACCACACCAUUAUCCUGCUGCCUGGAUACCGAACGAUGUUUCAGUGCCACUUGUACAAAUAAGAAGUGAAACUACCAUCAAGAUGAAAGCCUCCCCGUAAGAGGAGGUAUGACGAGCACAUUGGAUGAUACCAGCCCAGCUCCUGCCAUGCCACACGGGCUGAGGCGUCGUUUUAUUUCCGUGUAUCUGAAUCUAAACAGCUAUAGUUGUUCUAUGCACUUCCUGUGUUCCCAUCACCUGGAGUAGCCUCAAGACUCACCCUGCUCGUCCAUCUUCCUCCACAGAGAAGCACAUCUGUGUUCACACUACCUCAUGGAUUCCCCGCAGGCUAAUAAAUAGAUACGUAUGUAAGAGAGAAGUUUACACUUCAGAAAGUUGGGCAAUACAGCAUCGUGUGAGGAUGACGCCGCAUGCACGGUGACACAGCUGUGCUUGGCUGGGUGAGGUGUGGGUGAAACGGCACUGAUUUCUUGGCCAAGCUGGAAGAGGAGGUACCUCUAACAAGCAUAGCAGCUUUCAUAUGUGCUACUACAUGGAGUGCUCUUAUUCCUGGGGGAUCAUUAAACACAGCUUUUCCAAUACCAUCUUUUGGGUCUUGACUGAUAGAACCCUUUGUGGAGUCGUUUGGAUUCACAUUUCUCUGCCAGCCUCCAGAGAAUUCAGCCAGUCAUUUCCUGACAUCAACGGACUCAGAUAAUGUAUUUUUCUCUCUGGUUCUCUCCUCAACAUACCUUGGGGUACUUUCUGGUUACCACAGAGCUGAAAAUUUGGUAUGCUGUGAACUGAAGCCAUAGCCAACACAUUCACCCCAGCAAGAGAACCGUGUUUCGGAGUCUGAGAAAUCUGCCUUUGGUCACUCUGUUUGGAAAGGUGACGAGGUGCUGGGAAACCCAAGGGAAUCAACCAUCCUGGGAUCAACCCAGCACCGCUGACCACGGAGAAAAAGCAAGCAGAAGUCCAUUAUACGCUUCCCUGUUUGCAUGCCUGUAAUAGCAGGAUGCUGCCUGCCCAGUGGCAAUUAGAGUAGAUUUGAUUAGGAGCCUUCACCUGAUGCACUUCCAGACAGAUCUAAGGAUUUAAAUGAGAAGUGGAAUACCGUCAGGUCUUCAGAUACAUAAGGAAACAAGCUCCACAAAGUGCUUGUCUGCCAGAGGAGGCAGAAAAUGGUCCAGGUGGCUGGAGGAAUGAUGCUUUGAAGAGGAAGGGGAAAGCAGAGAUACAGACUGCAGCAUUACACAGAAACCGCAGCUGCCGUGUGCAGCUUUGAAUGUGAGCUGCCCACAGAAGGCUUCCACAAAGGGUUUUACUGUGCUUUUCAGCAAAGCAAGAGGAUUUCAAUCCUCCUGAGAAAGGGAAAAGCAAGAAAAGCCUAAAUUCAAAGCAGUAGUUUGACUUAUGCCAGCACAUAUAUUAAGCUUAGGGAUGUCUUGGUUCUCUUUGCCUCUUAAGAACCCCUCUUCUCCUUAAAAACUGGGUUAGUCUCACAAAAAUGGCAAAUGAGAGUCUCUCCAUACCACCAAAUUCCUUUGUACCCUAUGAAAAAGCGGGAAACCCCUGAAGAAAGAGAUAGUGAUGUUCAAGUCCCUUGUUUCGGUUUUGAAAAGCUGCAUUAAGAAAUGGUUCUGAUUCAGGGCUCUUAUUCCCCCCUCUCUUUCCAUCAAGUUGCACAGUGUUUGCCUAAUUGCCAUGUCCAAACUUUGCUGCAGCUGUUAGUAUGGGCUUAACACUGUCUUUGCUCCUGCAGCAGCAAUGCUAAGGAGAGCUGCAAAUUGAUUUUAAGAGAUCCCUUCUCCAGGAGGAGAGCCAUCCAGUAACACUGUUUGGGGUAGAUUGCUGACCGAGUUGAACAGGAACCUGGUGGAGUAUGAUACAGUGUGCUAGCAGGCUAUGCGAGGAACUCGUUUUAUUUCUGUGUGUUACUGGUUUGAGAAAUGAAGCUGUUCUUCCUGUUACUGGAGUGAAAUGUCAUCAUUUCUGUUCCAUAUGUCGGUGGCAACGACACAAGAGUUCUUGGAGAUGAAAAAGACUGAUAAUAAGCUUAAAUAAAAGUGAAUUGAAAAGUUA